UUCUCCCACAUUCUAACAGCACUAAGUAUUCUUAAGUCAACAAAUUGGUAUGAAUUGUGAAAAACAAAACAAAACCCAAUUGGGACCCACCUAAAAUUAGUAUUCUUCCCAUCCUUGAACUUUAUAUAGCGUACCUUCUAUCCUCCUCUCUUCCGCACUCUCCUUUGUUCUCUCCUUCAUUUUUCUUUUUCCACAUCUAAUCAUCAACACAGAAGAAAAAACAAAAAUUAAAGGGAAAAUAAAAUUUUCAAAGGUCUUGUUCUUUCUCCAAAGUUUGCACAGCUGGUUAAAUCUUUAAAUUUGAGUGUUUCUCAAUUAAGGUACAAGAAAAAUGGCACAAGAACAACUGAAAGUGCUGAAUGCACUAGAUGUUGCCAAAACACAAUGGUAUCAUUUUACUGCAAUUGUUAUUGCUGGAAUGGGUUUCUUCACCGAUGCCUAUGAUCUUUUCAGCAUUUCCUUAGUCACUAAACUUCUGGGUCGCAUAUAUUACACUCAAUCUGGUGCACUUAAACCUGGGACUUUACCCCCUAAUGUCUCUGCUGCUGUUAAUGGUGUUGCCUUCUGUGGGACCCUUUCAGGACAGCUUUUCUUUGGGUGGCUAGGUGACAAAAUGGGAAGAAAAAGGGUUUAUGGUAUGACUCUUAUGAUGAUGGUUAUAUGCUCAUUAGCUUCAGGUCUUUCAUUUGGACAUGAAGCUAAGGGUGUCAUGGCUUCACUUUGUUUCUUUCGUUUUUGGCUUGGAUUUGGUAUUGGAGGAGAUUACCCGCUUUCAGCUACAAUUAUGUCGGAGUAUUCUAAUAAGAAGACCCGUGGAGCUUUCAUUGCUGCGGUUUUUGCUAUGCAAGGAUUUGGAAACUUGACUGGUGGUAUUAUUGCUCUUAUUGUUUCGGCUGCUUUUAAGGCGGCGUUCCCGGCUCCUUCGUAUGCCACUGAUGCUGCUGCUUCAUUGGUUCCUCAAGCUGACUAUGUGUGGAGGAUUAUUCUGAUGUUUGGUGCUAUUCCUGCUCUAAUGACUUACUACUGGCGUAUGAAGAUGCCUGAAACUGCACGUUACACUGCACUUGUGGCUAAUAAUGCUAAACAGGCUGCCUCUGACAUGUCUAAGGUGUUGCAAGUAGAUAUUGAAGAGGACCAAGUAAAAGCAGCAGCGCUGGUAGAAAAGAAGAAAACUCAAUUUGGUUUAUUCUCGAGGAAAUUCUUAAAAAGACAUGGUCUUCACUUGUUAGGAACUGCUACUUGUUGGUUCUUACUAGACAUUGCAUUCUACAGCAACAACCUCUUCCAAAAAGACAUUUUCAGUGCAGUAGGCUGGCUUCCUAAAGCCAAAUCUAUGAGCGCCCUUCAGGAGGUUUACAUGGUGGCGCGAGCCCAAACUCUAGUGUCCCUUUGUGGAACUGUGCCGGGCUACUGGUUCACUGUCGUCUUCAUCGAUAUAAUAGGCCGUUUUUACAUCCAAUUAAUGGGUUUCUUCUUCAUGACCGCCUUCAUGUUUGGACUGGCCAUCCCAUAUCACCACUGGACUACCCCAGGGAACCAUAUUGGGUUUGUUGUCAUGUAUGGUUUCACUUUUUUCUUUGCUAACUUUGGGCCUAAUGCAACAACCUUUGUGGUGCCUGCCGAGAUCUUCCCAGCUCGUUUAAGGUCGACUUGCCAUGGUAUAUCAGCUGCUGCAGGGAAAGCCGGGGCCAUUGUUGGGGCUUUCGGGUUCUUAUACUUGGCACAGUCUAGAGAUGCAAGUAAGACAGAUGCAGGGUAUCCUCCUGGUAUUGGAGUUAGGGACUCACUGAUGAUUUUGGGAGGAAUUUGUGGACUUGGUUUCUUCUGUACCUUUCUUGUUCCCGAAGCAAAUGGAAAAUCCUUGGAAGAAAUGUCUGGUGAGAAUGAAGAUGAAGCUGAAGAGUAUCAGGGUCCUACUACUGAUAACAGAACAGUUCCAGUUUAAGACCAGAUUUAUUUUGUAUUUUUUAGUAGAAUUGAUCAUAUGGAGUAGUUUUUUUACCUCUUUGAGGUUGAACUGAUAUAUGCUCCCUAGGUGAAGUGCUACAUUCUGAAGUGUGCAUGUUUGCAAUAAAAAAUAAGCACUUUCAAGAUUUUGGAAUUUGGUUGUAAUUUGGUGUCAAUUGGGGAGAUUUAGAUCUCUUUGGGGGUAUGAUCUUAACAAUAUAAUAUAAGCUUUGUUGUGCCUUCUAUUCUCCAAAAGAUUACUUUUAUAUACUUGGAAUAUUGAUCUA